UGCAGAGUUCACUGGGGCGUGCUGGGAACUGUGACCCGGUGUACUGGCUCGCCUGUGGCAGCAUGGGGGGGAUGCUGGCACUGCCCCAGGGGCACGGACCUCACCACGUGGGCUGCACGGAUGUCAUGGUGGGCCACACACGGCAGGGGCUCUUCCUCCGCCUCUUCUACCCCUGCCUGCUCCGUGCAGGGGCCACGGAGCCGCUCUGGAUCCCGCGCUCCGAGUACUGCGCUGGGCUGGCCGACUCCACCCUCCGGCGCCGCUGGUGCUCAGCCCUGCUCAGCAUCACCAUCGGCUCCUGCAGAGUUCCAGUGAGCUGGAAUGGGCCUUUCAAACCCCGCAGCGGUGGGUACCCCCUGAUCAUCUUCUCCCACGGCCUGGGAGCCUUUCGGACCCUGUACUCCUCUGUCUGCACGGAACUGGCGUCCUGGGGCUUCGUGGUGGCAGCGCUGGAGCACAGGGACCACUCUGCUGCCACCACCUAUUUCUGCACGGCAGAGGCUGGGAGAGAGGAGUGGAUCCCCUUCCAACGGGUGCCCCAGGGGCAGAAGGAGUUUUAUUUCAGAAACAAGCAGGUUCAUCAGAGAGCAGAGGAGUGUGUGCGAGCGCUCCGGCUCUUCAAGGACAUCGCCAGUGGAAAAUCUGUCCUGAACAUCCUUCCCCAGGACUGGGAUCUCUCCGUGCUCAAGGGCAACCUUGAUCUGGCCAAAGUGGCCGUCAUGGGCCACUCCUUUGGUGGGGUGACAGCGGUGCUGGCCUUGGUGAAAGAGCCCAGCUUCAGGUGCGCGGUGGCCCUCGAUGCCUGGAUGUUCCCCCUGGAGAACCUGCUGUACCCAGAGGUGCCCAAGCCCGUGCUCUUCAUCAACACCGAGAAGUUCCAGACCCCAGAAAGCGUCGCCAAGAUGAAGAGGUUGAGCUCCAGGAACGGCCAGACGAAGAUCAUCACCGUGCUGGGAACCGUGCACGAGAGCCAGACUGACUUCGCCUUUCUCCCCGGGAAACUCAUCAGCCGCAUCUUCGGCGCGAGGGGGACCCUCGACCCCAACAAGGCUCUGGCCAUCACCAGCCAGGCAGCUCUGGCCUUCCUGCAGAAGCACCUCGACCUGGAAGAGGAGUUUGACCAGUGGGAUGACCUCCUGGAAGGCGUGGGAGACUCGGUUGUUCCAGAAGCGCCGUUCUGCCGGUCCAAGCUGUAGCCGCUCCGAGGUCCGGAGGAACUCACUCCUUCUUGCCCAGAAUGAUCCGUGCAGGAGCCAGGGAGGGCAGGAGGGCCCAUGGGGAGAGCAGGAGCUGAGGACUGUGCUCACAGGACGUCUGGUGACUGAGGUGCUCAGGGAACACGCCAGGAGAGCCCUCCCUGCUCAUGUGCCUGCAGUGAGGGCUGUGGGGCAAAGGGAAUAAAACCCGCAGGGAUAAAGAC